AUGAGCACCUUCGCAGCAGUAUCAUGCACCAGUACAGUCGUGUCGCGGCACGUACUGCGACCCUUCCUCAAGCGGCGGAGGCAACUCGGCGACCCCCCUUCGACAAUUCUCGACAGCGUUCGAUCGACUCGCAAAGGGACGACAACAUGGUUGCAUCAACAAUCGCGCGCGUCCACUACGGCAAGAUCCGCAGAAGAUCAGCCGCUGGUGUCUCUCCGCAACGCCAGACUUUCGUACCGUCCCGAAGAUACCUCGGAGGCUCACGUUUCGCAACCCAUAUCGCUCGACAUUUGGCAUCCCUCCCGAGGCGGUCACCUACUCCUCGGUCGCAACGGUACGGGCAAGUCACUCAUUACGCAGACACUGGCCACGAACGGUACAGGGACGUUGGUGGACGGGGAAUACGUCGUGACCGCUCCGCAAUGGCACAGUCGUACCGUCACCCACGUCACCUUUCGCUCCCAUCAAGACGUCUUGCAGACCUCAGCUCACCUUACCAGUUACAAGGUUAUUGCCGAAGGAGGACAAGUAAGCAAGGCCGCGCAAUUCCUCAUUGUACGAUUCGGUCUUUAUCCGCUUCUGCAUAGGGAAAUUUCGACGCUUUCCACGGGAGAAAUCCGCAAAGUUCUGCUCGUCCGAGCCUUGGCCACGCGGCCACGGUUAUUGAUUCUGGACAACGCCUUUGACGGAUUGGACGUGGCCAGUCGCGAAAACUUGCUCGACUUGGUCCGUCAAACACUCCGAGGAUUCAAGCAAGACAUUCUCGUCCAAGGCAUCGACGCCAAGAAUGCCGCUCGUACGCAGAUCUGCCUCGUCACGCAGCGUCCCGAAGAAGUGGCGGACGAAUUCACCAACGUGGCGUUUCUCGAUCCUCCCCAUACGGAUCGGGUGUCGCCGGAAACUUCGGCACAGGGUGGCGAUUUGCGUACUAUGGUACGCAACGGCCAAAGAGCGACACAAAUCUUUGCGCAAAGCUUGGGAACGACUUCGCCACUAGAGGAAGGUGACCUCGACGACUCCCCUUGGGACAGUCGAAAAGACGAAUACUGGAAUGCACCGGGGUUACCGACUUUGACAGAAAUGUCCAUAUGGUGGAACCAUGGACGUAAAGAUGACGAUGACGGCACUUCAAGUACAAACACAACACUCCCACUGGUGGACGCCCAGGGUCUACGAAUACAGAAGGGAUCCACCGUCGUGCUACAAGAGCUAGAUUGGAAAGUCUGGCCAUCGCAACACUGGUUGGUGGCCGGCGGCAACGGAGCCGGCAAGUCAACCCUCAGUCGGCUGUUGGCUUAUUGUGAAACCGAUAGUGAUACGGAGGGAUAUUUGCGCGUACUCCAUGGAAAAAGGAAUCUACCACAGAUCGAUAUUGAUGAUGGCCAGCAAACAGUAGUGGGAUCGCAGUUUGUACACCGAAGGCCUGGGGUAGGGUGGGUCUCGACUGAAUCACAUUUGCAGCGUGUUCAUGAUCAACGUACGGCACGAGAGAUUCUGCUGGAAGAAGCUUCUUCUGAUUCAUACAUUGUCCAGACGGUUACGGAGUGGUUUAACUUGACGCACGAUCCUAAGCUACUCGAACAACACUUUGCUGACUUAUCACAGGGGCAACAGAAGCUUGUUUUAUUGGCCGCAGCAAUCUCGUCACGUCCACGUAUUCUUGUGUUGGAUGAGCCCUGCCAAGGUCUCGACAUCGUCCACCGACGACUUCUGUUGGGAUUGGUGGAGCGACUGUGCCAAGCGACCGACACGAAUGACACCGACACCAGUAGUCGAAGCAUUACCUUGAUUUACAUUACACACCAUAUGGAGGAAGUUCUGCCGUCAAUCAAUCAAGUCGUGCAUCUGAAAGACGGACAAGCAGUCUAUCAAGGGUCAAGGAAGCUUUACAACCCGGACUUGCUUUAA